CUCGGCGAAUUUUGUUCAGCGUGUAUCAUAUUUCGACGAUGUUUUGUCCGACGACGAAACAUGUACGGGCUACAUAGAGAUAGAAUUCGAGUUUCGCCGGGAGUGAGUCGCGCGGGUUAUCAAAAUUUUUCGAUUUAGUUUCUAAAAAAUUUCGGCUUUUAUCCGUGCCAGGAUGGAGGGAGCCAAAGCCGGUUGUUUUUUGUAUCGAUGAUAAUUAGAAUAUUUUUAGUAAACUUGAUAGAGAAACAGUCAUGUGGACAACAUUUAAAAGUCAGGUGUUCCCUUGGGUGCUACUCUUUCUACACACCACUCAUUUUGGUAACUGCUCAGAGGAUGAGGAGCGGCUAGUGCGGGAUCUGUUUAGAGGAUACAAUAAAUUGAUACGCCCGGUUCAGAAUAUGACUGAAAAAUUGGACGUGCGAUUUGGUUUGGCUUUCGUUCAACUUAUCAAUGUUAACGAGAAAAAUCAAAUUUUAAAAUCAAACGUCUGGCUGCGGUUGGUGUGGAACGAUUAUCAAUUACAGUGGGACGAGGCGGACUAUGGAGGAAUAGCAGUUCUAAGGUUACCACCAGACAAAGUGUGGAAGCCGGACAUAGUUUUAUUUAAUAACGCUGACGGAAAUUAUGAGGUCAGGUAUAAAUCAAACGUACUUAUAUACCCCAACGGGGAAGUCUUAUGGGUGCCCCCAGCAAUUUACCAGAGUUCGUGUACAAUAGAUGUAACAUAUUUUCCAUUUGACCAGCAAAAGUGUAUAAUGAAAUUCGGUUCCUGGACGUUUAACGGAGACCAAGUGUCGUUAGCCCUUUAUAACAAUAAAGAGUUCGUAGAUUUGUCCGAUUAUUGGAAAUCAGGUACUUGGGACAUAAUAGAAGUACCCGCCUACCUCAACAUUUACGAAGGAGACCAUCCCACGGAAACCGAUAUCACUUUUUAUAUAAUAAUACGAAGAAAAACUUUAUUUUACACAGUGAAUUUAAUACUCCCGACUGUACUCAUUUCAUUUUUAUGUGUUUUAGUUUUUUACUUGCCUGCGGAAGCAGGAGAAAAGGUAACGUUAGGAAUUAGUAUUUUACUAUCACUCGUUGUAUUUCUGUUGUUGGUAUCGAAAAUCCUGCCACCGACAUCGUUGGUAUUGCCGCUCAUAGCCAAGUACCUCCUUUUUACGUUCAUUAUGAACACUGUUAGUAUACUUGUUACUGUAGUUAUUAUUAAUUGGAACUUCAGGGGUCCUAGAACACACAGAAUGCCUUCAUGGAUUAGAUUCGUGUUUUUGAAUUAUCUGCCAGCAAUGAUGUUAAUGAAAAGGCCUCGGAAAACGAGGCUAAGGUGGAUGAUGGAAAUGCCUGGAAUGGGUGUUCCUCCUCAUCCUUAUGGGGUACCCGGUGAUAUUCCUAAACACAUUAGUUCUGUCGAAUCCCAAAAUAAAGUAGAAGUAAUGGAAUUGUCAGAUCUACACCACCAUCCUAAUUGCAAGGUGAAUAGAAAAACAAACGCUGACAUAGGCGUCCCGGUGGGGGCUCCGGACAGCUGUAGGAGAGAGAGUGAAAGUUCCGACUCCAUACUUCUUUCACCGGAAGUUUCCAAGGCUACGGAAGCCGUUGAGUUUAUAGCUGAACAUUUACGCAACGAAGAUUUGUAUAUACAGACACGGGAAGACUGGAAAUAUGUGGCAAUGGUAAUAGAUAGACUACAACUAUACAUGUUUUUUAUCGUGACAACAGCUGGAACAGUUGGAAUAUUGAUGGACGCACCCCACAUCUUCGAAUACGUCGAUCAAGAUAAGAUAAUAGAGAUUUAUCGCGGUAAAUAGAAGAAGAAGAAAAAAAAACAGAUACUUCUUCUGAUCCAGGCUCUCAAAUCAUGUGGCUUCCAUAUGCGAAACUCACAACAAAGGCCUAUAGUUCGGAAAAUAGUGUAAUGCGACUGGCGGCAAAACAUCAAAUGAUAAUAGGGUUUUUUCAACAAAUUUAAUGAAUCAUUACGGAUGAUUAUUAGUUAAGUUUUUAAGUAAAUUACCGCAUCGUCCGCGCGUGUGAAAUUCGAAAACAAUUAUUUAUUUAUUAUAUCGCUGAUUGACAAUCGAUGAAUGAAAUCCGUGUGUGCAAAUAAUUGCGAGAAAAAAAAAUUACAAAACGAUAUCGUCUUUUGCCGCUACCAAUAAUGUUUAUAGUCUAAUAAAAAAUUUUAUAAAAUAGGACGAAUUGCAAAAGCCAAUUUUUAUACUUUUAUAUUACGCCACGAAAGAGCAGUAUCAAAUCUUAGUUUGUAUCAAACUUUUUCAAAUUAUACACAACUUGAUAGUAAUAUGGGGGUAUAUAAGAAAUUUGAACAGAGUGUCUUCUGUAAAUGAACAAAUUUUCUGCCAUUCCCCAAAUUUUCUCUUUUUUUAUAUUUAUUUGCUACAAAUCUUUUAUCGUGCUCAGUAUUUUUACCUUUUUCGAUUAGAAUAGUUUCAGUAGCAUGUAUGUAUCCAUUAGAGAAAUCCUAAUAACAUUUAUUAAUUUACUGCACCAUGUUGUAAGAACUCUUCUUGAAACUAUAUAGAGUCUAUGGCCAUCAUAACUGAAAACCAUAUUGUUAGACAUGGAGAAUCUCCUCUCCUUUUGGUGGAUUUAGGCAAAUUCUAUAUUACCGGUCAUUGCCUAUAUUCUUAAAUCUCAUGGAAUAGAGAAAUUGUUCACUUAUUACCUGGAAAUAUUCAUUCACUCUUUAGAAAUUUUGAUUUGAUCUGAAAAUGUAUACGUAUUAUCUGGAUAUUUUGUAUUGUUUCGAAAGCAUCACUUACUAAUAAGAAAGGACUCCGCAGAAACCUUAUGGGAACUGGCCAUCAGUGGAAAUUAAAAGUCCAUGAGUCUCUAAAAAUUCGUUCUUUCAAGUUACGUGAUAUGUUAAUUUGGUGUAUAUACUCUAGUUUUUCUGUUAUUGCGUGGAUUUGAGACUGGCUUAUGUACAAGCCUGCGUAGAAUCUUAACGUUUGGUAAAAUUGCUACAUUUGAACUAUGGACGUCCGACAAAUUAAUAGUUGCUUUUGUGUAGAUUUUUAAGGAAUCGUUCGGAUAUAGCUAAUAUUUGGAUCAUGUCUAACCCAAAAACCGUACAAUACUGGCUACGUGAGCACAAAUAGGCAGGUGCAGUAAUAUCCAGUAAUAAGAUCGUUUUCAUCUUCUUCAUCAUUAUUUAAAAGUGAACUAACGCUUUGCAGAGUUUCUAAAUCUUGAGUAAAUUCUAUCCUGUAUGUAUGAUGCUGCGAGGUUCACCUGAUAUACGCCAGUAGUAAAAUGUUUUAGGUAUUGCACAUCCAGCACAGUAAAUUCUGGAACAUCAUUAGGAUUAAUCCAUUGACCAUUUCUUCUUGUUAAAUUGUCGACUUCCACAAGCCCAUGCAUAAUAUUUGGAAUUUGAACCCAUCGUACAUUUUUACUAACAAUACGUAAAGCAUCUUCAGUGAUAAGUUGUCUUGUCGCUGACCAGGUAAGAGCAUGGCUGGCACUUGACAGUAGAUAUACUUAUACUAUCUAAUAUAUUCACACGGGAUAUGUUUAGUUAUUUCAAGAAGUUGGCUACCAUCACGGUCUUCUAACAGCCUUGGUCUCCUAACAUAAUGCCACCAUUUUCAAACCAUUUUAAGGCAUUUCCGUCUUCUUCGAAAUUAUGACGUAGUAUUUCAGCAUCGUUAUUCCGCGAAUCAGAAAAAUAAGGCCCAAAAAUCCAUCUGGAGCGACGACAAGGUUAGGAUUUAAGAAGGUGUUUGUGCUUACGAACUGAAAAUGAUUGACGCAAAACACGACAUGACAGUAUGUCGAAUCCACUAAAGCAAGGGCAAUCCAUCACUGAACGAAGUUUGCAUGGAAACAGAAGCAAAUCUUUUUUUGCAUACAUAACGUUUUUUACCAUUUGGAAGCAGGAUAGUGGUGAGCUUUUAUACUCUUCUCAUUUAUAAAUCGUGUUUUCGUGGCAGCAACAUCUGCCAACUUAUUUACAAAUGGUAGCAUUUGAUUACCUUUAAUAUAGUGCAGACCACGUAACAGAAGUGUUGAGAUCAUUUCAUCUAAAUGAUGCCUACAGCAUCUAAUAUUUUCAAAAAUAUAAAUUCUCUGUUCGGCGAAAACAUUGACUCCGCUGUAGUCCACAGCCUCUAUAAAUCAUCUUCGUCAUGACCAAUGACACAUCGGCGGUUCGCUGUUUGUGUUAUUACAUUUAAUUUACGAUAUGUGGGAUCUGCUUCUCUUAUUGCAAUUUCAUUUGUAAUCGAUAUGUUACAGUUAGUGCAUAAAAUGGAUCUGUAAAGGCGUGUGAUUUAUUCCAACAAGCCUAGUAACAGCUAUUUCCCUUUUUAAAAUAUUAUUGUCUUCCUCAACAUUAAAACUGACCAUAUUUCUUGGUCUUCAUGCUAUAUCGCAUAAAAAACUAUGUAUUCAUGGAGGUCUUCCAGCCAUCUCUCAGUACUCAGUUGAGGGCAAAAGAAAACCUUUUUUAAAGCAGGGAAGUUAGUUUGACAGUAAACUUUAACUUAAUUACAAAAAUUUAUGGUUGCUAUGACAUUAUUUGUGUGUUUUACUGAUCAAGUUUACCAUUACUGCAUUUCAUAGCGAUCCCUCUCAAUAAGUAGAGUAUAUGUAAAGGUAGAUUAAGUUGAAAUGUGACAUAGGUCAAGAGCUGUCAUUCUGCAAGAUUUCACGACAUUCCACUAAGGGCCAGUUCCCAUGAGGUUUCUGCGGUAUCCUUUUCACUUAUUACCUGGAAAUUUCUAUUUUUUAAAUUCUUGCCUCAUUUGGAAAAUUUUACUUACUAUCUGGAUAUUUCUACUUAUUGUUAAAAAAAAGUUAUAUUUUCACUUACCUGGAAAUUCUGACUUUACAUUUCAAUAUUUUCAUUUUUUGAAGAUUGCAUUUGGAAAAUUCGACUUAUUAUUCGAUUAUCCGAAAAUGUUCUUUUCUUGCAAUCUACACUUAUUAUUUAAAAAUAGUUACUUAUUAUUUGGAAAUAUCCAUUUACUAUCUGUAUUGUAUAUAAUUCUAGAGAGAAAAAUAUAAAUUGUCUAAAAAUUCGUUAAAAUAUUUGAUAUUGACACUAAUUUUUCUUAUUCCUUUCCUCCCAUUAAAUUUAAGAAUACAACUCUAUGAAAUCAAGAGAAAUUUCAAUUCUAAAUCUCCAAUCUUCAAUUCAUUUAAGUUUUGAAUUUGCGAAAAAAUUGUCGCAAGGGUUUGUAUAGGCGUUUUCCAACGAAUGGAGUUAAAUUCGCAAUGCCUGAUGUAUUUUUUACGAAUUAACGAGAAAAGUAAAUAUGGUUUUCGGUUUUAAAAAAGUGAAAACCCUAUUAGGGUUAUCGUGCAGCCAAAGACAUACAUAAAGAAAACUUUAUUAUUUCAAUAUUACCGUCUUAGAAGUACCAUACCUAUCCUUUUCUUACGAACAUUAUAUUGACUACUUUUGCAAUUAGUUCUACCCAGAUAUUUACGUAAUUUAUCAGACUAUUAAAACUAAGUUGUUAACAAUGGUGCAAAUUAUUAGAAACGAUUUUUUAAAAAAUGAAUCAGUAGUCAGCUCAAGUAAUUCCUGGUUAAGAAGUUUUCGAUGAUUAUUUUAAGCUCACCUAAAUUUGUCAAAAUAGAAUUAUUUAGAUUUAACUUUGUGUCUAAAAGGUAAGCUCUAAAAUUUAAUUUUAUGGGUUGUGAUGUGGAAAAUGUAUAUCAUUACGCAUUGAUUCAUAAUGCUGGUUUAUUGAUUAACCAAAAUUGACCAUUGCAAUGAUAAGUUUACCUUAUAGAAAAAAUUAAAUUUUCUUCUUAGGUCAAUUUUGGUACUAGUCCGAAUUAACUAAAAAACUAUAAUGUUCCUCUUCUUGCACAAGUCAAUUUAUCUCAAAGAGUAUCUGCCCUGCUUAUCCAAAUUUCCGGUUUAGGUUAAAACUUAAUUUCCAGUAUUGUUCGUGCCAAAAUUACUGUUUAAGGAAGACAGGGUACGCUAAAACGUUUCGCCUUUAACCUACGAAAUUUGAAUGCACAUUAUAUUUCUGAUCUUUUGCACACAAAAAAAAACUGUGUAGACAAUACUUACAUUUUCAACUAUGGCCACAUUACUCCAAGGUUAGUAAAAUGAAGACAAAUAUGUCAAAUAUCUAGCUGUAGGUGUCAAAAAUAGUUUGAUUUUAUUUGAAAUGCUUGUAUUAUAUCCCAAGAAAAUUAGACAUAAUAGGAAAAACUAUGGGGCAUUAAUUAAUAAAAAGCCAAAUCCAUCUUAUCAUCAUAUAAAUUGCUUUUAUUUUAAUUGAUGUUCCUUAGGAAAAUAUUUUUUAACAGUAAUGUCUAACUGUCUUGGACCAAAAUAUCCACAAAAAAUACAUACGAAGUGUUCAUUAUUUAGAGUUUACGUUUUCAAGAGAGAUAUGUCUUUCAUAUUAUAUAUAACCCGUUAAUAUUUAUAAUAAACGUUAUUUUAUUUUGGCAAAUAAACGGUGAUGUUAUCGACAGCCUUGGCAAAGAUAUAGUUCUUUUCACAGAUCCUAAAAUUGUAUCACAAUUAAAAACCGGUGGAAAGAACUAUACUUAGUACGUAAUUAGCGAUGUCAAGAUCUUGAAAAAAAAAGACGAAUAUUAACACUGUCGUAUAUUAUAGAUUAGAGUAGGAUCAUUGAAGAGGCAGUGUUAUACUGUAAUAAAAACGUUAAAAAAAAUUGUGUUUAACUUGUAAAGACUAUUGCUUGUUUAUAUUACCAUUUUCUAUGCCUUUUUAACAAUAUAUUCUGUUAAGAAGUGUCUGCGAAAAAGAACCUAUAUUUGCGCAAAUUAAUUUGUUGUGCUUAAUUAUUAUAGUACUAUACAGCAAUCGAAUUCGACAAUAUUAUUUUACUCAUAAUCUAGAUAAACACUUAAAUUUGUACUACAUGGUUGUGACUGAAAAACUUACAUUCUUUAACAAAAUUGUCAAUAAAUUACGCCAAUGGUAUUGUUUAAUGUUUAAAUCAAAUUACAGUUUAGUUAAAAAAAAAACAAGCACUGUCAAUAAAUGGCCAAAAACUAAUAAUAUAGGUAAUAUGUGCCAAUUUUUAUAUUAAAAAUUCCAUUUUGGGAAGUUUAGCAUGUUUGUUUUAGUCUUAGCUUUUAUUUUUGUGAAUAAACAGUGGCAAAACAACCCUAUAUACUGAGAACAAGAUGAAUAAAAUAUAAAACCCCUAAGCGAAAACUUGCCAUGAUAUUGUAGAGGAAUUUGCCAAACAACGGGCUUCCAAAAAAGUGAUUUAAUAUGAACUUUUUUAUAACUUUUUAGCGGACACUUUUAUUACUUUGUAAUUUAAUUCGCUAGUGCCAAUGUUGGUUUGUAAAUUUCGUAUGUUAGUUUAAUUAAUUAUUGUCGUGUUACUUUAGAUAAUUAAAUGUAUGAAUUUAAUUUAUUCAAAAUAACAGUUACAUAUAGAAAAAAUAUUAUUAAUUUGUUUGUAAUUUAUUCUUACAGUUUGCUAAAAUAUCAUAAUUGUUAAAAUGUUUUCAGGUUGUGUGCUUACUAAAAGGAGUAUGGACAUAAUAAUAUAUAGAAAUUCAUAGCUUUGUCAUAUUUUCUGAAAAUGUUAGUAUGUUAUGAUCAAUGACUUCUCAUCAAAUGGCGGCAAUUUUGAUUCUGUUCUUUUAAUUUAUUUAUAUUUAUUAUCACGAAAUAGGCUAGGUUAAGGAUAAUUCAACGCCUCAUGUAGAUGCCUAAUUAUGGGUGGAGAUCACAAUUAAUAUCAUAAAGUAAGGAAAUUUUGGCACAUUUUGUAUUGACUAAGUACAUUUGAUAUCCCACGAGUGAGAGAAAAGGUAGAUUAGUAUCUGGUCCCUAUACGGGGAAUGUGUAAAUAAAUUUGUUCGGACUGAUAGUCCUGACGUAGAGUUACAGGAACUUCAUUAAAUCUGCUAAGCAUAAUCUUAUGGUUACCACGAUCAGGGUAAACACCUUCCUCCCUAAAGAUUAAAUACUUAAAAAAUCUUCUUUGCACAAAUAUAGGCGACCAUAUGAUGGAACCGUAAUCCAACUUAGCUCUGACAUAAGCAUAAUAUAACAGCCUGAGUGUAGAUAUCUGAAAAAAAAAUUUGAUAAUAUCUUCUGAAACCCAUUGAUUUAGACACUGAUUUUUAAUCAUCUGAUCAAUAUGUGGAACAAAAGAUAAUGUAUCAUCAUAUACCAUCCCUAGUUCAUUCACCUCAACAAGCCUAUUUAAGGAAGUAUCAUUGAUGCAGUAGGUAAAUAGAGUUGGGUUUGUUUGGUUUGAUAAGAUUAAGGUCAAGGCUAUUUGUUAUAUACCAUUGACAAAUUGCAUUAAGACAUUGAAGGGCGGCUCAAUCUGCUAGAGUGAUAAUACGCAGAAAAAUCUUGGUAUCGGCAUAGGGCAGCAUUAUGCAAUAAAAAAAAGAUCAUUUAUGAAGAUAAAUGACAGUGGCCCUAGACUUAAUCGAAUCAUGACAAACUGCCAAUGCCUAUAUAAGGUAUAUAUAAGGUAUAUAUGCUAUAUAAGGUAGGAUUUUAUUAACCAGAUAGAGAAUCCAAAUUGUUCAGCUGUCUUCAUUAAUAGAAUAAAUAUGUUAAUUAGAUCAAAGGCUUUGCGAAAAUCGGUGUAUAUUACAUCUACCUUUCCUACGAGGAAAAAGUACAAAGAUCAGUCAUACAUGAUCUUUUGGGAUAGAAUAACAUAAGAGUAGGACACCAUAAGAAGCAAUUUUAAUAAAGAUGGAGUGAGGUAAGGAUGUAUACUAUCCCCCACGUUGUUAAAUGUUUACUCCGUAUUGUGAUUAAUUAACGGCCGACGUUUGAACAACAUCAGAUACGCAGCCGAAGCAGUGAUAUUCGCAGACAAUCUAUAAGGCCUACAAAUACUGAUGACACGUAUAACUAAAAUUAGCCAAUAGUACCGAUUAGACCUAAACACAAAAUAUUUGGUUUUAGCAAACGUCUAGGCUUAAAUGCACAUCUGACUAUUAAUCAACAGCCAAAUUAAAAGUGUAAAGUUAUACAUAUUUUAGUACGAUUGUAAACGGUCAAAGCCACUCCUUGAAAAUAAGGCAAUGUAUAGCAAAAGCACAAGCAGCUAUAAAACUGAACACUGUCUUCAAAAGCCGGAGCGGAGGCUUGGACGCUUUUGGAAGCAGCUAUAAAAAAAACUGGAACCAUUCUAAAUGUGGUGUAAUGGACGCAUCCUACGCCAAAUAGGAAAGGAAUACGAAGUUACUACCCCAAUUAAAAAACGUAAAUUGGAAUACCUAGACCAUAUUAUGAAGAACGAACAAUGAUAUGGCCCUGCUCCAAUUAAUUCUACAAGGAAAAGUGUACGGCAAGAGGGGACCAGGGGGAAGACGAAUCCCCUAGCUUUAAAACCUAAGAAAAUAGUUCAAAAUGACCACGACUGGACUCUGCCUCACAUCCGCCAACAAAAUAAGAAUUAGGAAGUUUUUUAUAUCAGAAAUAACGUGUAAUUUCGAUAUUAUUUUUUACUUAUUUAGUUACUUGUGAGCCAAGCUGAAAUAGCUACGUAAAACGCAACAAAAAUCGUCUCGCAAUGAAAACUGAAUUCGACGGACGCUUGUCUCGAGGUCAAAGGAGAUGUGUAUUAUGACGUCAUCGCCGCAUCUCAAACUUUAUAAGGAUAAGAAUUCAUCUUCAAAAAAGAAAGAAAGAAGGAAAAUAAUUUAAAAAAUCAAAAGCAUAUAGUUUUAAAGCUAUAUAUUAGAAAAUGUUAAAAAUCGAAACUUCCUAAUUACCUUGUUAGUCGCCAACAUUCAGAAUGAAUAGCAACUGCAAGAAGAAGGGUUUAUAAAAUUUAUUUUUCCAUCAUUUUCAUUCCAUCAUUUAGAAAAUUAAAAGUUGUAAAUGUCAGAAACCCGAUAAAAAGUAGUCGUUAAAGCCCUUAAAUUAAAGCAUCACAAGACCCACUUUUCUCUUUGAAUUCUUUCCAAGAUGCCAUGUGCAAUUAUCAUUUUUAUACGAAAAAAACAAAUAUUUGAUUCCAAUUUGUUUAAUUAGCAUACAUUAAAGAACAUCGCAUGUAUUUGGCUCCCAGUGCCACCUUUGACUUAAAAUUUUGAAAAUUAAGAACUUCAGUUCAGACUUGUCGCCAUUUAGACUUUUGAUCAGGAAUUAAUGAUUAUAUAAUAAUAUACUAAAUUUUCAUAAAAUUUGAUACAGCUAUGAAAACUCAUCUUUUCUGUGAAUGGUCCAUUUAUUUAAGAAUUUCAAAAACUGAAUAUAUUCUGAAAUAAACGAAAUAACCUCACUGUUAUUUUCUUACAGCUGCCAUAUAAUAUGCAUGAAUAUGGGCAUUAGAUAACUCCGGAAAAGAAUAAAAACGAUUUUUGCAAUUUUAUUUUUUGUGGGCCAUUUCUCUCUGGAAAUAUUCCAAUAAUAUAUUUUUUAAUAGAUGUUCGGUUAAUAAUAUCGAUUAUCUGACUUAAACAUUUAUUAUCAUAGAAAAAUAGAAAAUUUUAAUAAUCGAAGUCAUUAUUAGAGAUAACCUUUUCCCAUCUUUCUGCCAAGGAAUGGACUCCUUGUCAAAAGAAGCGUUCGUUUUUCAAAGCCAACCAUCCAUCAAUCCAAAUUUCGAAAGAUUAGAAAAUCUCUGAAAGUCCAUGCAUUGGUUGAAAUAAGUGAUAGAAGGAACCAAAUCUGGAGAAUUCAACGGGUGGAGGAAGACGUUUCAUUUAAUGUUUUUCAAAUAUUCUUUAACACACUUUGCAACAUGAGUUCGAGUAUUGCAUUAUAUUGCAAGCAUUGUCAUGUUGAAAUAUAACUUUGUCGUGCCUUUGGGCCUACUCUGGACGUUUUUUCCUUCAACGCGCGAUUUAAUUGUUCAACUGUUGAUGGUCUACUUCACCAGUAAUUGUUUCACCAGGUUUAAGCAAUUCGAAAUAAACAUCACCCUUACUAUCCCACAAAAUACAAAGGAUAACAUUUUUUUCUGUGGAUAUUGCGUACAGAUUGUGAUGUUGAUGGCUGACCCAUGAUGCCAUGCGCUUUGGAUUGUCAAAGUAAAUCACUUUUCAUCACCUGUCACGACUCGAUGUAAAAAACCGUCUGGCGAGCAAAAUUUUACAAAUGGUUUUUUGCCUUUCAAUGUAUCCUCCUUUAACUCAUAAGAAAUACAUUUUUCUUCUUUUUGAAUCUUACCCAAUGCGUUGAAACCAUCGUUCACAAGUUUUUUAACUAACAAUCGCUAACACUUAGCAGCCGUUUUAUUCAAAUAAAAGAAUGUAAUAACGCUUUCCCGCAAAAUACUAAAGUAAAAUAUACUAAAUAACAAAGUGGCUUUGAAUCGCAUCUGUUUACCCUUCAAAACACAGCAGAUGUCACUAGUGUUCAGCUACUAAUAUACCUGUAACGCCACCUCCAAAUAAAAUCGACAUUAUUAACCGAAACCCUAUUAAAUUACACUACUAAUAAAGUUAUUUUCUAGCCUCAUAGGUACAUGAUUUUACCACUCAAACUAGCCGUCUACAAUAAAUAACUUGUGGAGAAAAUGAUGUGAGCAACAGAGAUAGCACAUAAAGUUUGAUUGAUUUAUUAAUAAAUAUUUGAAAACCAUUCACAAUUUAAAAUAUUUCAUGCACUAAAAAUGUAGAAAACAAUGCUCAUAUAUCAAGUCUUAAAAUAAUUUGUCUAAACAAGUUGUUCUGACUUCUUUUUAUUCUGUCCAUAAUAUUGUUCAGCAAAUUUUAAGGCAAUAAUAAUAUUCGUAUUUAAUUAAAACAUUGAUAAGAAAAAUAUUAAUAAUUAUGUAGCAGCAUUAACAUUGCUGAUGAAAAAUGCUCAAAAGUAGUUAUAGCCUUAUUAAAACUUAAUAUAAAAGAAGCACGCCUUUUGAACCAAUCCAAUAUCCUAAUAAGCAUAAUUCAGAAAUAUUUAAAAGUUUUCUCAAUAUAAUAGUGGCCCUGAUAAAAGACACUUUUGUUAGUUGAAAAACAGUCAAGAAAACAUAGUCUAUGUGUAUCUGAAUCUACAGUUUACUUCUCUAAAGUAACCAAAUUGUGUUGUUUAACUUAUAGUAAUAAAAUUAAUUUAUUAGAAUUAAAAUCAACAUGUAAAUGAAGAUUGCAUCAAUUUUUAUAUUCAAUUGUGAGGAAUGAUUAUAUUGGAAUGUUACAUAGUUGAAUUAUAGGUCAUUUAUUGGAGUUAUACUCAAUAUCUUUAAACAAAUUGUGUUAAUAAUUAGUAGUGUAUAUUUUAUAUAGGCUGUUUUGAAUUACUCAAAUUGUGCAAAUACGUAACGGAUUUUUGGCUGCGUUCAAAAAGCAAUAAGAACGUUUAAUUUUAGUUUAUUCGACCCUUAAAAUCACUAUCGGUAGGGCCUAAUGUUGUCAAUAAGAUGUGUGUUAAUUUGCCACAAGGGUCAUGGAAUUCGAAAUGAAAAACAGUGACAUAAUGUAUAUUUUGGCAAUAAUAAAUCGGGAUUUAAAAAUAUGAUUUAUUGUUGUAUACAUUAAUAAAUCGUGUAAAAUAUUUUUUGGCAUGUAUCUUCAAACAAGAAUUUAGUCAAUGCAAUGGUAAUUUUACAAGUAUUAUAACGAAUUGACCUUUAGCUUUAUUUCUGUAAAUAUUUUGGUAGUAUUUCAGUUUUUUAAAAGUUAUUGUAAUAAAAAAUGUUUAAUAUAACCUUUUAAUUUAAA